AUAGUGAUGCAGCCGGCUAUGGACCAGACGGGUGUGAGCGCGACCCAGCACCUCCAGUCUUCCAGUGCAACUCGUCUUCCGUCAAUGCGACCAGCGAUUCCUCGUCCAACUGGAUUUCGCACGAGUCCCUCCCCGUCACUGACGAACGGGAUCAAUCCGAUGUUAUCGUGCUCGUUUCCGUGCAAAAAACGCCGGGCUUCCAGCAUCGCUACCGCCGCAUCCUGCGCGGUCUGCAGCGCGAAGCGACGCUGAUGACAGUCGAGAACGCGGACCAACUCGACUCCGUCAUCUGCGAGCACGAGCGGCGUAUCACCGCAUUCAUCGUCACUGACGCCGCCAUCAUGGAACCGCAGCACGAGAUGCUCACCUUCCGGCUUGCGGGUAUCGUGACACUGCCUUUCAACGCGUGGUCCGUAAUAUUCGCCUUCGACUUUGCCAUCCAGGCUGCUGCCAUACCGGACACGUUCGCCGCUUACAUGCACCGCAACUUUGAUGUCACCUGGAAGAUUCGCGGCGUCACGCGCAGCCGCACUGUCGCUAAGAUGGACAGCAUCAACCUCACCUGCGUUCCGGGCCGCAAAUACUGGUUCAAGUAUUGGUUAAAGCGGGCCGUGCUGCUGAGCGAUAUCGACCUCGAAGAUCGACUGAUGGUGCUCUCUCCCCGGCCAACGCACAACCAACGCGGUCCGCUACUGACGCCGUCAUCAUCUUCGCCGUCGUUCGACUCGACGACACCGGGGGCGUCGGACGAUGACGAUUACUAUUUCCCUCCUGUUCCUGCGUUUACGGCUUCCGUCCGGAAUGCGCGUCUGGUCCGUGAGUCGGCGCUGCGCAUGGUUGAUGUCAACGAGUACCUCAACGACACUCCCGUGGCCUUGCGCGAGAACCACCGCGUCAGCCGCCCGCCCGAGUGCCGCGACUGGUCCGGGUAUCUGGGGUUUGUGGGCUAUUCGCAGGAUCAUAAGCAUUUGGCGAGCAUUAUGCUGGGGAUGUGCGGGGUGUGGAAGCCAGAGGCUCGGCGGAUGUGGGAUGAGAAACAUGCAGGAGGAUCAGUUUACUGUGGUAAUAAUAAUGUGGCUGAGGACUGGAGAGAGUUAAAUGACCAGCAGGUCAACUGA